AUGUCAACCACUGCUAGACAGGAUGCUGGGAAGAAUCAACACAUGGACUGUGAAAUUUCUAUCUUAUGCAGGGAGGCUCUAGCUGGUGCAAAGUGUGCUAACUUCCAUUCAAGCAUUCUGGGCACAAAUAUUUUUACUCCUAAAGAAAGUGUUGCAACAGAGGUGAUAGAGGCAGAAACUUUUGCAAUCAAGGAUAUGUACAAAAAACUUAGAGGUGAACUAAGCAAGGUGCCAUGGAGAAGAAUGAUUUGCAAUAACCAAGGCAGUCCUAAAUGGACCUUCAUCAUGUAUUUGGUUAUACUAAGGAGAUUGUACACAAAAGACAGGCUAGACAAAUGGGAAAUCCACAAUGACUCAAUUUGCUCACUGUGUAAAGCAGAACUAGAAACACAUCAGCACCUAUUUUUUGCAUGUAAUAUGGCAAAUGUGAUAUGGCAAAGGUUACUUCAUUGGUUGUCCAUCAACAGAUGCAGUGCAGGGUGGAAUGAAGAGCUAGAAUGGACUACAUUGCAUGCUAACAGGAAAACUAUACAAGAUGAAGUAUACAGAAUGACAUUGGCUGUAGCUGUUUACUACAUUUGGCAAGAGAGGAAUUACAGAAUUUUCCAGCAAAGGGAGAGGACCAUAGAGGAGAUUACAAAACAAAUCAUUCAGGAAAUUCAUUGA